AUGGCGUAUUUACUGCGUGCCACGCAGAACAUAAUAGUGGACGAGCAACGGUACCAUUUAAGCCAGUCCGCGGCGCGUGACCUUCGGCUGACCUUGGGAAGCUCAUCUGGCCAGUAUACCAGCGCUAUGUUGUUCACGAUCCUGAUCUACUUGGUCUAUUACAUGGUGUACACCGUGCUACUGGCGAUCGCGGGCCUCUGGUGCUUCGAAGAAUGCGUCUUGACGGAGGAGGAGGAACACGAAUUCGCCACCCACCAUCGAGCGAUGCCAUAU